AUGAUGAGACCCCGUAUACUAGAAAACACUGCCGGUAUGCAUCUAAGAGUGCUGACAAUCAAAAGCAAAAAAAUUAAGAAGUACCGACCCACUUCAAGCAUCAAUGCUGAGGAUUUUGGAGAAUGGGAGAGUUACAUAUCAUUGGUGAUCGUAGCCUGUAUCAUUAAUUUUGAACGAGCACUUUCACUGUUGCUACUCACAAUUGUAGGAAUAGUCUUCAUUUCCUGGGACAAACUUAUUAGCAAAUAUGAAGACAGAAUCACCCAAAUUUUCCACCCUUAUAAAAGACGCCUUGAACAACAAGAGCAUUGGCUCAAAUGGGUUCUUUAUAUCGCACUGAUUGCUGCAGUAAUAUGCUGGCUUGUGUUUGACACUGCUAAUCAAGGUACUAGACAGCUCAUCUCAUUUGGAGGACUGCUUAUGUAUAUUGCCCUAAUGUUCAUUUUCUCCAAACACCCAACAAAGAUAUCCUGGAGGACUGUAUUCUCUGGAGUUGGGUUACAGUUUGUUUUUGGAGUCUUUAUACUUCGAACACAGAUUGGAUAUGAUGCUUUUGCCUGGUCUGGAAAACAAAUGGAGACUUUUUUACAAUAUUCAAAUGUCGGUUCUGAGUUUGUUUUUGGUGAGAAAUAUACCGACCACUUUUUUGCUUUUAAGGUACUACCAAUUGUGGUCUUUUUCAGUAUGAUAACAUCCAUCCUCUACUACAUUGGAUUUAUGCAGUGGAUAAUAUUAAAGGUUGGAUGGAUAAUGCAGUUAGUCAUGGCAACAUCUCCAACUGAAUCUGUGGUUGCAGCAGGAAAUAUAUUCAUUGGCCAGAGUGAAGCUCCUCUUAUCAUUCGUCCCUAUUUACAACAACUUACAAAAUCUGAAAUCCAUGCUGUGAUGACUGGAGGAUUUGCAACUAUAGCUGGCAGUGUGCUGGGAGCUUAUAUUCAGGCUGGGGUACCAGCUUCUCACUUACUGACGGCAUCAGUUAUGUCAGCUCCUGCAUCUCUUGCUGUUGCAAAACUGUGCUGGCCUGAGACAGACACACCAAAAAUAACAAGAAAGGGAUUCAAAAUGGAAAAGAGGGAGGAAAAAAAUAUUCUGGAGGCAGCUUCACAUGGAGCUUCUUUAUCUAUCCCACUAGUAGCUAACAUUGCUGUGAAUUUGAUAGCUUUUCUGUCACUUUUGGCUUUUCUGAAUUCUGCACUCUCCUGGCUUGGGAAUAUGUUUGAUUAUCCUCAAUUCAGCUUUUCGGUGAUCUGCUCCUACAUCUUUAUGCCAUUUUCCUUUAUGAUGGGGGUCGACUGGAAUGACAGUUUCCUAGUUGGGGAACUAAUUGGUUAUAAAACAUUCUUCAAUGAAUUUUUGGCAUACAACAAACUGGCUGAAAUGAUUAAAAAGAGGCAGGCUGGUGGACCAGAGUAUUCUGGGGAAAUAAAACAGUAUCUUUCUGCCCAAUCAGAGGUUAUCGCCACUUAUGCCCUCUGUGGAUUUGCAAAUUUUGGAUCACUGGGAGUUCAGAUAGGAGCACUGUCAUCUUUGGCGCCUAAAAGGAGAAGCGACAUCUCUAGUUGUGCUUUAAGAUCUCUUAUCUCUGGUACCAUUGCAUGCUUCAUGACAGCAUGUGUUGCAGGAAUGCUCUACAUACCUGAAGAAGCAUUAACAUGUCCAUUUGUACUCGACAAUACUUUUAAUUCUAACUUAAGCUCAAUAAUCAACACAACAGAUCUUGCUAAAUGCUGCACAGUUCUCUUUGAAAGCGCCUUUUCAACUAAUUCAAGUCAGAUUGUUUUUAAUGGUUCAUACACAUUAACUUCGCUCAGAGGAUGCUGCACAGUAAUUGACUCUCUACUGUUUAACUGCAGCUUGGUCACUAUUUGAGUUCUUUUUUAUGAUCACUGGAUUCAUGUGGCCAUUUGCUAACAAGCUUCCAUUAAAUAAGUAAAAUUACAUGCCUUAGCUUGGAAAGUUAUGCCUCCAUAUGUUUUGUACUUUGAGGAACCACCAUGCAUGUCCAGUACCUUCAACAUCUCAAGUCUACAGGAAGAAGACUCAGCAUUCCAAAAAAACUGUUGUUGAGUGAUUUACCAGUCAAUCACAAUUCAUAGCAUUUUGUAAAGUGUAUGUGUACAGUUGAACUAAAAUAUGCAAUGCCAUUUUACACUAUAAGUAUGCAUUUAUUUUCUAUAAUAAGUAUAUUAUGUGUGGAAUUGUUUCUAUAGUAUGUAUAUUAUAAGAGGUAGAGGCACUUGUGGAACCAACCAUACCCAAGACAAUGACAAGGAGGAAGACAUUUUCUUAAGUUAUGCCAUUAUUAAUAAAGUUAAAAAUGCAGUGAACAAUAAAUAAAAAGAAAUGAAAUAAAAAAAAUCCUAUGCCUCUCCAAACCCAGUUAUGUGGGGUUUGAUACAUGUCUUUAAGGUUGGCUGGCUAUCCAACUUGUGUACCUUCAAAGUUCUGACAAAUUACACACAGACAAAUAAACCUUUACUCAUCUCUUCUCCCGGGCCCAGAUUCAACUAAAUCUUAAUGAGACCCCUUUAAAUUCAGUUCAAACUCAUCUGGAACCAUUCUUAGGGUAGAAGGAUCCCUGGAUUUCAAAAGGAACCCCAGACUAAAGCUCCCCAUAGUGCCCCCCAGUGUCUGUCCACCCAUAUGGCCUUAAAGGGCUAAGUCUCCACGAUGCACAUUCUAAUGAAGGGACCAACAUUUACAAAAGGGAAACCUUUGAUUCCACCUACUACAUCUGCCAACAACUUGCCUGAAAAUCAAGCAUCUUUAGCACCUGCUAAUUGGCCUACCCUGUAACAUAUCCAUGAAAACAUUACAUGUUUCUAUACCAAUUAGUAUCUUACUCACCUUUUGCCAUUCCUCGAUAUCGAAUAUUUGUCCAGAACUACAGCCCCUCCAUCCCCCCCAAACCAGUGGAUCCUGUAUUCCCACAAAGACAAGUACAGAACCUCUCCUACUGCCAGUGUGGUUCUCAAUGUUCCUUGUCCUUCCAUGUUAUUUUUAGUUGACGUGCUUCAUCUUGUUGAUGUCCCCGAUUUGGGCAACCUAUUCUCAAGAAAAUUCUUAUUGUGUUAUAGUACUACUGUAAAAUGAUAUUUCUUACCUUUCAGAACUACAGUACCAAUAUUUAAAAUGCAUUUUAUUAUUGCAAGACAAAAAUGCCACCAACAUUUAAAAUGACCGUUGUUUAUAAUUGAUUGUGUGUCUUUAAAAUUUAACAGAAGCUUAAAUAAUUGGUGUAAAAACAUGUAAUGUAAAAAUGUUUUCUAUUAAAAUGUUGGAUUUGUUAAAUUAAAAUUGGU